AUGAUUAUCCCCGUGCGCUGCUUCUCCUGUGGAAAGGUCGUCGGUGACCUGUGGGAGCGUUACCUGCAACUGCUGGAUGAAGGUGUACCUGAUGGUGAUGCCAUGGACCAACUUGGCUGCCGGCGAUACUGCUGCCGCAGAAUGAUUAUGACACACGUGGAUCUCAUCGAGAAGCUCCUUCGGUAUAACUCUGCUGAGAAGGAUCGGGCCAAAGCUCAAGUUUAA